GACUUACUUUAUCAUCUUAGUUUGAUUCAAUAUUCCAGCUCACAUCACAUCUCAUCUCAUCUCUCUUAAUUGUGAAUUUAUAUUUGAUUUCUUUUAAAAUAAAUCUACAUUAACAAAUAUUAUUUAAUCAAGAUGUCUGAAUCAACAACCCCCGCUACCACCGUUACAUCACCAAAAAGUAAAAAGGUAACCAAAGCCGCUGGUGCUGCAAAGAAGCCCAAAGCUGCCCCAACUCACCCUCCAGUUGCUGAAAUGGUUAAUGCUGCUAUCCAAGCGCUUAAAGAACGAAAUGGUUCAUCAGCCCAAGCCAUCAAAAAAUACAUUGCCGCUAAUUACAAAGUUGAUGUUGAGAGAAUGGCACCUUUCAUCAAAAAGUUUUUGAAACAAGCAGUCACAAGUGGUGGUUUGGUACAAACUAAGGGUAAGGGAGCUUCAGGUUCAUUCAAAUUGGGCAAAACCUCUGGUGCCGCUGCUAAACCCAAAGCUGCCAAGAAAACCGAGAAAACUGAAAAACCCAAAGAGAAGAAGCCCAAAGAAAAGAAACCCAAAGAAAAGAAACCUAAAGAAAAGAAGCCUAAAGCUGUCGCCGGUGAAAAGAAGGGUAAAGCAAAAGAAACAAAAGCACCUAAAAGUGAACCCGCCAAGAAACCCAGUAAGCCAGUAGCUAAGAAAGCAAAGGUGGAAAAGAAACCCAAAGUAUCAAAGGCCGCCAAGCCAAAAACACCCAAGACACCCAAAAAGAAGGCACCACCAGCGAAGAAAACUAAAGCUACUAAAAAUUAAUUUUAUAUACAUUGUAAUCAUCUUUUUUUGACUUUUUUGCUUCCUCAUCAUGUUUAAAGUAUUUCAAAAAAUAAUUUUGCCCAUAUUCAUUCAAUUAAAAAUUUAUCUCAUCAA